GUAAGGCCUAAAAUUAAACAUUCACGUUUCACACACAUCCUUCACAAAUUUCUCACUAUUUUUACACUAUUUAGCUCUCCAAUUACAGUCCCACCCCCACCACCCCACUCUCCUCCACUUUUGAGACAAUGGCUGCCGCCACAGCCGCCGUUACCUCCCACUUCUUUGGAUCCCAACUCCGAACCCCAGAUCCCAGUUUCGGACGCUUCCAAGCCCGCCUUGGCGGCUUCGGAGGCUUCAGCUUCGGCACCAAGAAGUCGCCACCACCUGCACCGCCAAAGCAAAAGCAAAAAAAGUUUGAUGACGGCGAACGACUGGUAUGGUUUCCGGGUGUUGAACCGCCAGAGUGGCUUGACGGCUCUCUGCCCGGGGACCGCGGGUUCGACCCCUUUGGGUUGGGGAAGCCCGCCGAGUACUUGCAAUUCGAUUACGACGGGCUCGACCAGAACCUGGCCAAGAAUGUGGCGGGUGACAUCAUCGGGACAAGGAUCGAGACCGUGGAGGUGAAUCCGACGCCUUUUCAGCCGUACACGGAGGUUUUUGGGCUGCAGAGGUUCAGGGAGUGCGAGCUGAUUCACGGGAGGUGGGCCAUGCUGGGAGCGCUUGGUGCUCUUGCCGUUGAGGGACUCACCGGUGUUGCAUGGCAAGACGCUGGAAAGGUUGAGUUGAUCGAAGGAUCGUCCUACCUUGGCCUUCCACUUCCCUUCUCCAUCACCACAUUGAUAUGGAUCGAGGUGUUGGUGAUUGGCUACAUUGAGUUCCAGAGGAAUGCCGAGCUUGACCCGGAGAAGAGGUUGUACCCUGGUGGCAAGUUCUUCGACCCGUUGGGUUUGGCCUCCGACCCCGAUGAAUUUGAAAGGCUUCAACUGGCUGAGAUCAAGCAUGCCCGUCUUGCCAUGGUCGUCUUCCUCAUUUUUGGAAUCCAAGCUGCUGUCACAGGAAAGGGACCUAUCAGUUUUCUUCUUACCUUUAACAAAUAAGAUAAUUAAAAGAAAAGAAAUCAAGCUUAAUUGUAUCAGUCUAUUCCUCUCUCUAGCCAAAGAGUCCAAGACUAAGAUUAAGAGUACCCUUAUCACCUAUAUACGUGGCCUUCCUUAGCUCUUUAUCAUAUAUUUAAUUGCUAUAUUUAUGCGAAUUAUGAUGUGAUUUUGUACGCUUAUAAACUCAUAAUGCUUUGAUUUUACAAA